GUUAUUUUUUUAUUUAGUCUGAUGGUUCUUCCAGACACUGGUAUCAGCUACCAACUCAAAAGUUUCUCGUCCUUUCUUCAAGCCUCACGAAAAAGCUAACGCGUUCAAUUUUUUAAUUUAAAAAAGUUUAAUAAUGUUUAUAUCAAAAUUUUAAGUGGAUUAGUGCGAAUGAUAUCGAUUUUAAAUAUUAAAUAUCUUUAUCAACCCAAAGUCCUCUUGGGAGGACAGGUGUUGAAAAAUUUUCAAGAUUAAUCUUGAAAAAAUUAAAUAUAUCAAUAAUUAUUUUCAAAUAUAAAUAUUUAUAAUGAAUAUUUUUAAUUCAACAUUGAUAAUUGUCAUUUUGGCAAUUAUUACAGUUGAUGCACAGAAAAAAAAAGAUGAAGAAAAAGAAAAAUACGAGUGUCCUGAAGGACAAGGUAGUGGAAAUUUUGCUGAUCCUGCCACGUGUAGAAGAUUUUAUCAGUGUGUCGAUGGAUUUCCAUACUUAAACAGAUGUCCAGCUGGUUUAUAUUUUGAUGAUAUAAGUAAAUUAUGUACAUUUAAAAAUGAAGCAAGAUGUGGACCCCUUCCAACAACUGAUGCACCAAUAACAGAGACACCAACUGAUUUAGCUGAACGUUGUGAUACAUCACAAUGUGAACUUCCUUAUUGUUUCUGUUCACGAGAUGGUACAUUAAUUCCAGGUGGAAUAAAACCAAAAGAUACACCACAAAUGAUACUGUUGACUUUUGACGGUGCAAUAAAUCACAAUAAUUUUGAUCAUUAUCAAAAAAUAUUUAACAGUGGACGAACAAAUCCAAAUGGUUGUCCAAUAAAAGGAACAUUUUUUAUAUCUCAUGAAUAUUGUAAUUAUAAUAUGGUCCAAAGUUUUGCUCAUGAUGGUCAUGAAAUAGCAACAGAAACAAUUUCAUUACAAAAAGGCUUGGAAGACAAAGGUUACGAAGAAUGGGUAGGUGAAAUGAUUGGAAUGCGUGAAAUACUACGUAAAUUUUCAGAUAUAAAUAAAGAUGAAAUAACUGGUAUGAGAGCACCAUAUUUAAAACCAGGAAGAAAUACACAAUAUAAAGUUAUUGAAGAUUUUAAAUAUAUUUAUGAUAGUAGUAUUGGUAUAUCACCUUUAAAAAUACCAAUAUGGCCAUAUACACUUGACUAUAAAAUACCUCAUGAAUGUAAAGCUGGUACAUGUCCAACAAAAUCAUUUCCUGGUGUUUGGGAAUUACCAUUAAAUGCUCACUAUGUUGAAAGUUAUGAAGGUGGACAUUGUCCAUAUUUAGAUCAAUGUGUAUUACACAGUCAUGAUGCUAAUGAUGUUUUUGAAUGGUUGAAAGAAGAUUUUAAUCGUUAUUAUGAUCAAAAUCGUGCACCAUAUAUGAUGCCAUUUCAUACAAAUUGGUUCCAAAUUAAAGAACUUAAAGAUGGACUUGAUAAAUUCCUUGACUGGGCUAUCACUAAGCCUGAUGUUUAUAUGGUUACUGCAACAGAAGCAUUAACAUGGAUGACUAAUCCAACACCAUUAAGUGGUCUAAGUAAUUUCGAUGGAUGGUCAUGUAAAAGAGAAGAAAAUCGUCCAGGUCCAUCAUGUAAUUAUCCCAAUAAAUGUGCACUUAAUUUUAGACCAGCAGAAGCAAAUUUUACCUCUACAAGAUACAUGGAGACAUGCACUGAAUGUCCAAAUAGGUACCCAUGGCUUGGUGAUGCCAAAGGAUCUGGACAGUAUAACGACAAUUAUACACCCGAGCAGAAAAAAUAGAUAAAUCAAGAAAAAAAAAUAAAUAUAAAAAUAAUAAUAAUAAUUAAAAAUUGUAA